AUUGUAGGAUGUACAGAGGUUAGCGAUAUCUAUGUGAACACUGGAGCUGUGAUGAAAUGUACGACAUUCGAAACCAAUGUAAAUGAUCAAGUCGCUGUAUUCAUUAACGGUACGGUGACGAGUGGAUUAUCUGAUAAAGAAUGCCUGACUGUCAGGGUAGGUACAGGGGACCUACACGUAAAUAUAGACGGGGUUGUAGGCCAGGAGGUCGAUGCCACAAUACGUACAAAGAAUGCGAAUCUGACAAAAAGAUUAAUUGUCGAAAUUGAGAACGGCGAUAUAACAAACUUUGGGUCAUUAUGUGCACGAGAUUACCUCAAGUUAAAGUGCAACAAUAUAAUGCUAUGCUCAGAUUCAAAACAUGAUACGGCUCAGAGGGGUUUUGACAGUUUCAUCUCGCUACAGAAAGAGAUGGGCCAUCUAAAUGAUAUUGCUGCACGUCCAAAGAAAGGCUCUUCCUUAAACGAUUCCCGAAUGCUUCGAGCUGUUCAAAGUCUGGACUGCGACAACUUCAUAUCGAUUGUAAAUGAAGAAGUAGACCCAGCGGUUAAAAUCUUUGGUCAAAGCAUUCAAGAUGAAUUUCAUGCCGUCUGUGGCGGAAGAAAAGACAAAGAUGCUUAUGACAAAGACCAGCACAAGAAAGAAAUCAUACGUGGGGGUUUGGCCACAUGUAAGUGGAGACAUGGUCUCAUUCGAGCAGCUGUUAUCGAUUGCAUCGUACAUCAARAUAUCUACGACUGCUCACAGAUGCAAGGAAACAACUUACAUUUUGAUGUUGGUGGCUCAGUAAGUGUUAUUAAGCCUUGGACAUGGAUCUCCGGAACAAUCAGUGGCCUUGUCAGAGGGAAUUUCCUGUUCUACGACAACGCAAUGUUAAGAAGUUUUAAACAAUUUCACGUUCUUGGGAACGUCCGAAUCUGCAAAACAUCAGUUGUUUGGGUCAAAGAAGGUGGGAAGUUAUACUGUKGUGAAGUAUUCGAGAACAAGAACGUAAUUGUCAGUGAAGGCAAUUUUGCUUUGGACCUUGGUGAACUGAAGCAAGACAAAGAUGGGGGCAUUAUUAGCAAGAGAGAUCUUUUGUUAGCCUUACGCAAUGGACAAGACAAUAUUUGGUUUGGGUAUGUUCAAGUAGAACAACAUCUCUUUAUCCAGCUGGAGAAGAAAGUUUCCUGUGACGCUGAAUGCAUUGCAUCAGAAUGUGAUGUCGAGUUCUUUGGAGGCAAUGCCCAACUGGUUAUCAACCAAAUACUAAUCGUGGAAGAAGGGGACUUGAAUCUAGAAGCCACAGAUACAUGCGAAGUUUCUAAUUUUGUCUUGUUUGGCGAGUUGUAUGCCAAAGGAAUCAAUGGAGUUACRGCGACUGUUUGCACAAUGCCUGGUGCAAUUGUCAAUCUCACAUGUGCAUGCAACGGUGAACAAGAAGCCCAUGUGAUAAAUGUCUUUACGAGAAGUUUAGAAAUCAAAUUCGAUUCGGUCAUGAUCUGCAGUUGUCCUCGAGACAAGCAAAUCCAUUUCAUCGAUUUGCCCGUGUCAACCAAUGUUUUGUCUAAAGAGUUGAUGUCCGUCCAUGGCAUGUUGCAGGUUUGUUCAACAUAUUUACGUAUCCAAUCCAAGUCMUUGAAUAACAGUGGUAAGAUAGAACUAUCAUCUAUUUCCAAGAACAAAAGCUCAAUACCCAGUUCUCUUUGUAUCACCUGCGAAAAAAACACUUUGAACAGUGGAACCAUCAAAUGUGACGGAGACCUWAUUAUCACAUCGGAAUCCCUGUCAAACGAAAAAGGAGUGAUAAAAUCUUCACCCAAUCUUGGCAUAGAAGUAUCUUCGACCGAUGAAACAACGUUGUCUGGGAAAAUUUACGUUGACAGAUACCUGUAUGUUCAUUCGCAGUCACAUAAGAAAUUUUCUUUUUCUGCACUGGGCGGGAAAGGCGACAUUAGCGAUAAAUUUGUUUCACCGAACAAACUUGAAGUAAUCUGCGAGAAAGGUCACUUAUGGAUUGACUCCGCCAUAGUCAGUUCUGAAGAAAACAUCGAACCUGAAUGCGUUUUCAGUCUUAGCAAAUACUUAAACCUGCACAAAGAAUUCCAUUUCGGAAAAAUCUUUGUCGAAUUUCACACGAGCGAGGACCCCAACAAUGCAGAAACAUCCUCAGCGUUCAUUGUCGAAGAUUCCUUUCAUGCAAACCAUCUUUCUAUCCGCUGUGUAAAGAAAGAUGCACCAACGAAGGAAAAACUUGUCUUUCAAGGUCCGAACAAGUCGAUUGCAGUUCAAGAUCUGUAUAUUGAUAAAUCAAUCGCAGAAGUUAUUUUCAACACCAACAAUGUCUUUAAAUGCUGUGACGUAUUUCUAUCCUGUGAACUGGCCACCAUCACAUCUGGACUUGAGUGUGUAAGUCUGGAAGCAAAUUCAAUUCAUGUGUCAGGACGAAUAAAAUGUGUCCAGCCAACAGGAGAAAGAAAGUCAUCAACCGUCACUGUGGACGAAACGUUUAAGUUGAGUGGUGUUUUAGAAUGUGUAGGCUUUGUGGAAGUCAAUGUAGAAAAAUCGUUUGUGCAAGAAAAGACUGACUUYGGAGGCAUAGAUGUCCUGCAAACUCUGACAUUAUUCACCGGCGUAAAUGGACUGGUCUCAUUAGGAGGUUUGACCACGGGGAAGGCGAAAUCAUUCACGUCAUUAGAGAUUGAAGCCAACGACGUAAAUGUAUCAGGCAGCUUGACGAAUUUGUCAAAUUUGAAGUUAACCGCAGAAAAAGAUUUGCAUCUCACAGAAGAAGGAAGAAUUUUUUCAUGUGAGAAAGUAGAAAUCAAAGGAGAAUGGAUUACAAUGGCGGGAUCGAUUGAAGAAUUUCUAUCACUUCAAAUUGAACCAUGGGCACUACUAAACACUGGUAAAAUAGAGUCAGCCCUGGAAAAGUCCCAUGUUUGCUUAUCGUCCUAUCUUGCCUUGGUUAACAGUGGCACUUGCAAAGGCCAAGAAACUUYUUUGGAAGCCCCAUUUUUGCUGAGUGUUCCUGGAAAAGAGAUAAUUGAUGUCAAUGAUGUCAGAAGUUGUGAACUUGUUGGAAGAGAAAGGAUCACAUUAGAAAGCAUCACGUGUUUCCUUGGWGGGUCUACCCUAAAAUCAAACAAGCUAAUUGAGAAUAAUACAGUUCUACUUUUCAAAUUUUUGGCGUAUGUCUCCUGUACUCCUGACGCCAAAAGCCUAGAAGCUUGGUCAAAAGCGGCAAAAUCACUGCAAAACAUCCAAUCACAAUACGCUGACAACGAAAGGAGAGAAAUCUCAAACUCAUUGAAAUCCUUAAAGAAAGGUUGUAAGGACAGUGCUGAAAUCGGUCUACGAAUUGAUCAGAUGUACAGCAUGGUCAAGGUUUUUGUAGCAGAUAUUUUGAAGAAUGGCAUCGGAUCAUUUGACGUCUCAAGACUAGUUUUUAUCAUCACAAGUGAGAGCGAGAGAUAUACCAAAAUCAACAUAUUGAAGGAAAAACUGCUUGCAAUCCCACACGAAGCAAGGAAACUACGUCAGUGGAUGAAGAAGAAAGGAGUCAAAGGAAUUAAAUCAAUCAUGAAAAGGUUUGGGUUUUCUGAAUCGAAAAGGAAAAGCAACAAAACAGAAGGUAUCUUUGAAUCUGGCUUAUACUCUCUUAGUGAGGGUGUUACCUUCACAGAUUCAGCAUAUGAAGCAUUGUUUGAUGAACUAUUCUACGACGAAGGUGUUGUAGCUGCUGUAGAUCUUAUCGUUGCGUCCAAAGAAAUCGUUAUGACGAAGAGGGAAAAGAAAGCCAUAACAAUGAUGAUGUUUGCAGAUGAUGUGUGCAAAGCAGGUGAUAUCACCAGUGAUUCCUUGGUAAUAAAAUCCGAAGGAAAAGCUCAACUUGAUGGAAAAAUCAAAUCAGRCGACACUACGAUUGAAGCCAGUUCUGGCAUAGAUAUAGUUUAUCAUGACAAGUCAAAAGGAAAAAUGACGGCAGAUCACGAGUUCAAGAAACUAACACUUAAAACCGACAAAAUGAAUCAAGUAAACGACUUGCUGAAAGGCCAAGGAGUGUAUAAAGAUUUAAGGGUCUCUGAUCAACUCGAUUUAGCAGUGACGGAUCAAGACAUUGUUCUAUCAAGAUGCAACAUGGAUCAGCUUUACAARCUAAACUUAAAGGCAAAGUCGGUAAAUAUUGACAAUGCUCGGGUGCACUGUGAGAAGGGAGUAUCCAUAACGUCAGAUCAAUCCAUGAAUGUUAGCGGUUCCUCAAUAAGCUCUCGAGGUUCUACCAUUUUGCARUCAACUGAAGGAAACGUCUCAAUGRAUUCGUCUCAUGUUGAAGCUAGCAAUAAGGCCGCUGUUGAAUCUGACAAGGGAUCAAUUUCCAUGACUGGUGGCUCAAUUUCUGGUGACGAAGGAACGUUUUUGUUGGCUAAGGAAGAUAUUGUCAUCGAUCCGAUUGAARCGCACCACAGCAGUGAGUCUUCAGAGAGUGGGAUUUUUGGUUCUACGAAAGAUUCGUGCUCUUAUACCGCUGUUUCUAAAGCACGUAUCUCCUCUAACUGUGGGAAYAUUGUCAUCGCUUCAGAAGAGGGAAGCGUUAAAGCGACCACAACAGAAAUGAUUGCAGCUGAAAGUAUAGCCAUUUCAGCCAAAAAGGAAGUGGUAAUCCAAGAUAAAGUCACCACUCGCGUGGAAGAGCAUGAGAGCAAAAAUUGGUUUCGCAAAAAAAGGAAAGUUAAGAGAACCGAGGAGCAACAUUGCUCGACUUUAAGGGCCGGUGGAUCGCUAAGUAUAUCUUCUCAAGACUCGAAUGUGUCUGUAAUUGGAACUAAUUGUCAGGUUGGUGGUGACAUGAUAGUUAAUGCUGCUGGCACCGUCCUAUUCAAGGAUAGGAUUUUGUCAAGCUCCGAACAAAGCCAUUCAAGUGGAAUUUCAUUUUCUUUAAACAAAGGAUUGUCUAUAGGAGAAGAAAGCAGACGAUCAUAUCAGCAGCRUUUAGCCGGGUGCAGAACUGAUGUCCGUGGGAACUUACACGUAUCAGCAGCCAAAAAAUUCGAUGUGAAAAAUGCAAUGGAUAUGGAAGUCGGAAAUAUGAUUAUUAAUGCCAGAAAUAUUAACUUUGAAGGGGCAGAGUUACAAAAUACAAGUUCCACGGAACAAUGGUCCAUAGAUCUUGGGAUUAACCAACUGGACAUAUCCGUUGGACAAUCUCGUUCAAAAGAAAAAAAGGUCAUCAAUCAGAACAUAAAGGUUCGAGGAAGAACUCAUUUUACGAAUGCAGAAAACRUCAAUUUGACUGCAUGUAAUUUGGACACUGAUGGAGUUUCUGGGAAUAUUGAAAAGCUGAACGUUAUUUCCAAGAAGAAUGAAAUCGAUACCUUCAGCAGCUCAACAAGUAUUGGUUUUACCAUGGUGGAGGGAUUUCCUGUACCUAAUAAGUUUGGAAAAAACCAAAGUUCUGACGUUGGGAAAUUUGUUGAAAAGCCAAGUGGAAUCCAUUGUAGGGGAUCAGUAAACCAAGAUGAGUUUCAAGUAGGUUCUCUUAAGCUAAGUGGSUCUUCAUUUACUGCUGAUGGGGCUAUUGGUAACUUUGCAAAGAAAAUAGUGUCAGAGAAAGUGCACAGUUAUCGAUCUCAGUCUUCAUCAGGAUUCUCUAUUGGCGUGGAUAAAARAGGUGGUGAACUAGGAAUGAAUGCCAGCAACAAAUUUAUGGCAAUGGAACAUGAAGCAACAAUUGCAUCGUCRUCAGGGAUAGUUUCUGAAGAAACAAAGAAAUCUGUGAACACUGACUUUUCAAAACUAUCUCGAAUAACUGAACAGCACAGCUCCGCUUUUGGAAUUAACCUCAAAGUUGCUAAAGAUGGAGUCGGAGCAGGAUUACAAACCAAUGAUACAAGUUUUGGCUUCUGUGCAUCAAAAGACAAGGUAGGAGUUAAUGCUCAGCAUGGAGAUAAAGGGUUCUCGCUGUCAGGUGGSAAGUCUGGUUUUUCAGGAUCAGUACAAGAUGGUGAAAACAGCGUAGGUCUUGGAUUUUCAAAGGAUAACGUUGAAUUUGAUGUCAAAACAAAASACUCUGCAAUUGGGACAUCACUAGGAAAAGGUGGGCUUUCUGCGUCAGUAGAACAUAAAAAUUUAUCGAUAGCUGCCUCAACGUCAAGAGGAAAUAAAUCUUUUCAAGCAAAAGUUGGAGACUUCGAAGCUGGUGUAACAAGRGACAAAAACCGCCAUGUUAAAGGGGAAAAAUCCACAUCCGCUUCGCUCAAGAUAGCAGACGUGGGAAUUUCUGGAACAAAAUCCAAACAUGUGAAAGCAAUCGACUUUCAUGUAAAAGAUAUCAAAACCGGAAUCAAAUCAGAGAGGAAUUCCAGCACUGGGAAAAAAACAUCUGYACGUUUUAAAGCUGGAGAUCUUGAAGUUGGAGGUACAA